GCCCUCUACCCUGUGACGUGUCGCACGUUCUCCUUCGGAUCAGGAAGAGGUUUAUCCUACUGUAUAAUCUGCAAAUAUAAACAUCGUGUGACAGGACGACCACGCCAAAAAAACCUCACACAAAUAAAUUAUCCCUGUUUUUCAAAGGGGCCACUUAAAGAAUAGACCUCCGGGACCAGCCUCUACUGUAGCCUGCUGGGUCUUUGGAGAGCCAUCUCUGGAGGACUGUGUUCCCUGAACCGAAUGACAACAGUGAGGUCCACCGCGUCGCCGUUCGCUGAGCACAUUGGCUUGGGACGAGGGUCUCAUCACUGAGCUCCGGGUCUGGUGGUCUGGUGGUCUCCUGACAAAUGCCUGGCGCAGGAUGGGGAAAACGCAGCAACUAGACAUGGAGGUGAUGACACCACUUAUCGAGAGCCCUGUCCAGGGCUCGGAGGAGAACUCGGAUGAGGACCACGAACUGCUCCCUCCUCCACAGCAUGAGCAGGACAACGGCCGGGGCCUCACGUUCAGCCAAGCCCUCAUCCACCUGCUGAAGGGGAACCUGGGCACGGGCCUCCUAGGCCUGCCUCUGGCCGUUCACAAUGCAGGCAUAAUUGCGGGACCCAUUUGUCUUGUGCUGAUGGGGGUCGUGUGCGUGCACUGUAUGCAUAUCCUGGUCCACUGCAGUCAUCAGUUAUGCGAGAGGUUGAAGAGACCGUCCAUGAGCUACAGCGACACCGUGGCCUUUGCUAUGGAGCACAGCUCCUACCAGUGCUUCAAAAAGACCGCCGGCCUUGGCAGGCAUGUAGUCAACUUCUUCCUGGUGCUGACACAGCUGGGCUUCUGCAGCACAUACAUCGUUUUCCUGGCGGAGAACAUCAAGCAGGUGGUGGAGGGAUACCAGGAGAACAGCACGCUGGCCAGCACCUUUCCCCUGACCCUGACCAACGUCACGGCCACGCCGGUGCCCAGCGCCCAGUUGGUGGCUGACCCGACGGGGGCUGCCCCCACGGGGGGCUGGGACCUAGACCUGCGCCUCUACAUGCUCUUCUCCCUGCCCUUCCUCAUCGUUCUGGUCUUCCUGAAGGAGCUGCGCAACAUGGCCGUGCUGUGCUUCCUGGCCAACGUGUGCAUGGCCGUCAGCGUGGUGAUCAUCUUCCUCUACAUCCUAAGCGAUUUCGGAGACGCCCGGCACAUCCCCCUGACGGCGCCUGUGGGCAGAUUCCCUUUUUUCUUUGGAACGGCCAUUUUCGCCUUUGAAGGGAUUGGAGUGGUGCUGCCCUUGGAGAACCAGAUGAGGGAUCCCAAGCGCUUCCCCAUGGCCCUGAACAUCGGCAUGGGCAUCGUGACCGUCCUCUACGUGACAUUGGGGACACUGGGCUACCUCCACUUUGGCGACAGCAUUAAAGGCAGCAUCACUCUGAACCUGCCGCACGAUGCCUGGACCAAUCAGCUGGUGAAGAUCCUGUACUCGUUUGGCGUGUUCGUCAGUUUCGCCAUCCAGUUCUUCGUGCCGGCGGAGAUCCUGCUGCCCCCGCUGUGCGCCCGCCUGCCAGAGGCCUGGAGGGGCGGCUGUGAGAUGCUGCUCCGAGGCCUGCUCGUCUGCCUGACAUUGUCCUGGGCAGUGCUCAUCCCUCGCCUGGACCUGGUGAUCUCCCUGGUGGGCGCGGUGAGCAGCAGCGCCCUGGCCCUCAUCUUCCCGCCGCUCAUAGAGCUGGUCACCUACUCGGACCGCCGGCAGGUGUCCCGCCCCAUGCUGGCCAAGAACCUGCUCAUCGCCUCGGUGGGCUUCAUUGGCUUCCUGACCGGCACCUACGUCACCGUGGCCGAGAUUGUGUCCCCCAGCGGGGGCCCGGGGCCGGCCGGGGAGGAGCAGCAGGCGCUGGUCGCCCUGGCCGCCGUCACUCAGGCCUUCAACCUGACGGACGGCAUCCGGUGACCGGGGGGAAGGGGGGGGGGGGGGGAUUGCUGCUCGCCGCUCUACCUCUGGGGGCCCCGGAGCGAUGAGGUCCAUGGGGGUGGUGAACCCUCGACCCGACCAUUCCUUUUUCCACGCCCUUAUCCUCACCUCAAACCGCCGGACUCCACUCCACUCCGCCCGGCUUCUCUGUGGCGUCCUUCAGCCGCAGCAGCCCCAUUGAAGUGAGUCAUUCCCAAAGCCAGGUACCCCCCGCCUCCCCCCCAUUGACCCUUAGCCACACAGCAAGACUAAGGACAAUCAGGCAUUCCCUCUGGGUCCUGGUUUGAGAUUGACCGUGGGGCUUUGUUCGGGAAGCCCAGUCCCAUGAGAUGAUUGCAGUAGGAGACUCUGGCGUCGGGUGUCACUUGGGACCAAGGAUACCGCUGAUGGGGAACAAGUCCUUCGGUUGGGACAAAGGGACCCGCAAAAAUGACAACUAUACACGUCAGUCUCUAAUGGAGCAAUGUGCAAAGAAAAUGGUGAAGAGAUUAUUUUUUAUUAGAAGAUGAAGAAUGGUACAUGUUAACGCAGAUUAAUUAACACACACUCACAACUAGACACAAACACAGGGGCAAUACUAAUAAACAGUAUUAUGGAGCAUAAUAUUGGUCAGCAUUUGAAUGCAUUGCUUGUAGUAAUCAGAUUUGGGAGAAUGUGUGACAUUUCCAAAAGCCUUUUUUAAGCCAAUCCAAUAUCCCACGUUUGAUUUGAAAAGGAGGCAAAAUAUUCACAUACAGUACCAAGUAAUUUAGUUAACAUAUAAAGGUUUGAAUAUUCCUCAAAAUCCCAAAGGGCAAACCAUUUUAAAACCCAAAUUCAAGUGGAGAUAUCUAAAUGCAAUCUUCUCCCCAUUAAAGCAUUGUCAAGACCCAUCUGUUUGCAUGUGGCACAAGGCGCACUCUGCCAUAUCUUCCCGUUUAGCUUUAAUAGAUGAUGCGGUAUAUUUGGUCUGUGCAGGUUGUAUAAUCUAGACUAUUUUCUCACAUCAACCUUUUCCCCCUUGACAACCUACACCCACCCUAGCUUGCUGACAAAAAAAUGCAAAGCAAAACAUAGCAACAGCGUAAUAGCUGCUCUCAGAAGGCAGAGGCACUUUUCUUCUUACAGAUGCUCCUGUGUGUAUGUGAGUUUGUUUCUUUCACACAUAAAGUUUUUCAUCAGAGAAACAGGUGCUGGAGCAGGUGCGCUGUGCAAGGGCGAACGGAUAGAGAAAGGAGACUGAAAGCAUCCAAUAACUGGUAAACCGAUGAUUCAAGUCACUAAUGUCAGCCCUUUCCAAGUCCUGCUGCGUAAAUUCAUUCCAAUGAAUCACUAGGUUAGGUUUACUGUAGGUUGAAUAAAUAAAAAUCUUCAAGGGCCUCAAAAAGCGCUGGCUGCUGAGGAGAUGUAGUGGAGCCGUGUCUGGGGAUAUGUAUCGCUCUAGAGUCCAGAGGAAGUGCUUGAGAAAAAGCCGCUGAGCAUUUGCUUUCUAAAAUGAAACUGAUUUAUUUAACCUCACUCAAGUCCUCCACAAAUCCGUGUUCAUGAAUUAUGUUACGAUCUUUCUUGCCAUUCAUUUCCCCGAGAAACAUGCAUUGGAGAUUUGUUGUCAGCCGACGGUACGAGUGUUCAAUGCCAGAGCUGUGAGAGACAGUGGCAACAUUGAUCGUGUUUGUGAAAUAAUAGUGACAGAGCGAUAGCGUUUCCUCCUUCCAUGCAUCACGCUGCUGUUCACCGGGGUGCUCCGUGCGAUAGAGUUCUCCACGCCGCGACCCUGAAGUGCAGUCAAAUCGUCCCAAAGGCUAUUCAUGGAUAAUACGGGACAUGCAUUAAUUUCCAUUUUCUAAGGUUCAAUGUGGCCAAUCAAAAACAUAGGCACAGCGGUGAAUUUAUGAUGCAAUUUUCCGGUACCCGCCCAGCGAAAAAAUCGAACUCCCGUCACAUAACCCUCAUCAGUAGUUUCACCGACCUUUGUUUGACACCCGCAAUCAGACCCCCCGUCCCCAAAACGGUAUUGUCAUCAUUUGUGAUGCGUCCAUGUCAUUGUGAGCCAUGGCUCGCUCCGCUGUAUGGAGCUGGGCACAGCGUGAUGCAUGCAAACGAGCUAUGAUGUUCAUUUGAAGGUAUUCCAAGAUCCCGUGUUAAUGACAGCCUUCUAAUAGAUUUAACCUGUAUUGAUUUGUAAUUUGCACAGUGUUUUUUUCCCUUUGACACAAUUGAUUUCUUGUUUUUCACAUAUUUGAUGUGUGUGUGUUGUGCCUUACUGUUUACACAUAACUGAAGAGAUUAUAGGUAAAGUUAAGAGUCAAACUCAUGAAUUGAUAUGUACAGCGCUGUACGAUAGUUCACUGCUUCACUGUGGUGGAAACCAAGGAAAUUUCUUACAGACGCAAGUUUGACAAACCGAGAUUAUUCCUCGGCUUUUGCAGAAGGAACAUUCAUCUUCAUGGCAGUCGUUGGGGAAACAUCUCUUUCUAUCUGUAUCAUUCCCUGGCAAAGAAGUACCUUGACGACUGUUAUUUUCUCUGAUUUGGGGUUUUGUGAAAUAUUAUUUAUCCAAGCUAUAACUCAUUAUGUUGUCAUUAGGAUUCAAGUAAAUUGAUUAAAAAAAAUGUAUAUAUCACUGAAAUACACUGUGAAUUUUAUUUUUUUAUUUUUCUUCAAAAAUAGGAUACGGACAUUAUUUUCUAAACAUUAAAACUUGGAUUGUGUAUUGA